AUGAUCGUUAUUUUCGUCUUCGUCGUCGCGGAUGUGAAAAGGUAUUUUCCAGGCUGCUCUUGCCAUUUUUUAUGGUUUUUAAGUAUAUCAACGAGUAAAAAACUGUGAAUUUCCCAAUAUUAUAUACGUGAGAUUUGUGACACGGUGUUGGAAGCUGCGAUUAUAGUGGAAACCUUGGCAUUUGGGCAGUGAAAAUUACCCUGCUGCCCAGUCAGAGUGGACGAAUGUCUAAAGAUGGAUGUGAUGCUUUGACAAUUUAUUAAGUGCUUUGUUGCGCCUGACAAUCGAAAAAAGGAUUCCCGUAGUGUUAAAAACGUAAGGAAAACUGUAAGUCUGCUACUGGGUGAUCAAAUAAUUUCAAGUGAAAGUGCAUCCUUUUGUUGCUUGGCUGUUUUUUAUUUGGAUUUUCUUUCAUUCCAUCAUCAUCAUCGUCUGGUGUUGAUUGGUAUCAUCAUUGUCGUUGAGCAACAGAAGAAAGACAAGAAGAAAAAUCUGCUUGCAAAAGUUACGUCGGUCGUGUGAAACCAAAACAAAAGCGCCAUUCGAUUCGGCUACUGCUCUUUGAUCUCAUUGCUUUCGUGUGCGGGUGGUGAUUGCAACUUUCACAAAGCAGCUGAUUGAAGAUUCGCCAGACACAGAUAUGGAUUCCUGCGCUGCCGUUGAGAAGGAAGUUGACAAAGUUAUUACCAAAUUUUCCGCCAUUAAUGAUCACUCACAGCGCAUAAUUGGGGACGUUAUUUUCCUAAUUGAGAAGCUACGUUCUUCUAUAGAGGAAGUUCCAGCAGAUGAACAGCUUACACCGGGACAGGUAGAUGUUCUGCGUGAUGCGAUUUCCAAAACAAAAGACAAACUUCAACGUUUGACAACGGAACACCGUGAUCUGCAUGGCACGGUCAGCAAGGUGGGAAAAGCUAUCGAUCGUAACUUCGUAGGUGAUUUCACUGCCACUUCCCGUAACGAUGUUCUCCAAACGGAACGAAACCUGACCUUGCUGAACAAGAUCAUGGCUCAGCAUUUCUACCGUCAAGGUAUGGACGAUGUAGCUCAUGCCCUUAUCAAAGAAUCUGUUCUCCCGGCCGAGGAAAUCACCCCGGAGCCUUACGCCGAGCUACACCGCAUAUGGGAGGCGAUUCACAAUCAUGACCUAGGACCGGCCCUGGAGUGGACCGCACGUUACUCGAGCAAACUGAGCGUUCGUAAUAGCUCCCUAGAAUUUAAGUUACACCGAUUAGCUUACAUGCAGAUUUUAAACGGAGGUAUCUGCGCUCAGGACGAAGCGAUCAGCUAUGCUCGAGACAAUUUAGCAAAGUUUGUCGAGCGCUUCGAAAAAGAAAUUCAAAUACUGAUGGGAGCGUUGAUCUACCUUCCUAAUGGUAUUCAAAACUCCCCGUACAAGUAUCUGACCGCACCGGAAAUGUGGAUCGAAGCGGCCGAUGUGUUCCUCAAGGAUGCCUGCACAUUGCUCGGUAUCAACAAAGACUCGCCACUGUCCGUGAUUGUGAACGCUGGAUGCACUGCCCUACCGGCGUUGCUUAAUCUCAAGCAAGUUAUGAUGUCGCGCCAGGUGACAGGCAUUUGGAGCGGUCGUGACGAACUGCCGAUUGAAAUUGAUCUCGAUCCCGAAAAUCGAUUCCACUCGAUUUUUGCUUGUCCGAUUUUGAGGCAGCAAAGUUCCGAUGAUAAUCCACCAAUGAAGUUGAUUUGCGGUCACGUAAUUUCGCGCGACGCUCUGAGUAAACUCAGCAACGGUCCAAUAUUGAAGUGUCCCUACUGCCCGAUGGAGCAGUGCCCGUCGGAAGCGAAGCUGAUCUACUUCUAACCGAUUCGAUAGAAGGAUCUGAAUAGACAGUCAUGUGCUACUAACGAGUCGAACUGAUGGACACGCCGCUGAAUCAACCUGUCUAGAAAUAUUAUAUAUGUAUAGAACCAGUUUUUUAUUCGUUAUAAACUCCACUAUUGAAUAGGAUUCAUCAUAACGCAAUAGUCAAGAAAAAUAAGUAAAAACACCGUCUUCUGAGAUCUAUCUGAGAUAUUAUGUUACAACUCUUUUUGGUAAAAUGUACCGCAAAACGGCAUAUACCAAGCAAUCCUAUUUUCAAUAGCAUACCUAUUCUACAGAAGGUUUCGUGCACUUUCAUACUGAUGCGACGAGAAGUUUUACACUUCAAAAACAAAAAUCAUGUAUACAUUUACUCUACUAUAUAAAAAACAGCUGAAGCUAAUUGAUAUGAAAAUAAUCUGAAUAAUUCAUUAAAAAAAAGAUUUAAUUCGGAAUGAGAGCACUACUCGUAAUAAAUUUAUUGAGUUAUCUGAGCCAAACUUUAUAAAAUCACUUGAAACUUCAAAAUUUCUUUUAUUUUUUUAUCAUUAUUCAUCAAUACUAACAUAGUAAAUUCUUUGCUGAGGUUAUAUGAUUUAUCGUAGCAUGAUAGUUUUUCAAAUAAAAUUAUUUUAUUGUUUGCGUUUUUGCAAUGAAUAUAGAAAACCUAAAUCUAAAAUUGAUUAUUGACCUUGUGUAAUGUUGAUAUUAUCUUCUGUGUAUACUCUUCUACGCAUAAUUGUUCUACGUUGCAUUUUGAUGGAAACUUCAAUCUCGAGUAAAUUUGUCCCAUAAUUUCAGAAUCGAAUUGACCUGAAAGAAAUAUCAUAUAAGUAUUUUGGGAAUCUAAUGAGCGUAGGCAACACUUUCCCAGAACAUUAUAUGGAUCUCAUCUUAUGUAGAUAACGUCUUUGGUUUUAUUUUUGCAACAGCUUCAUUUGUAAGUGGGACAAAUUGACUUGAGUUUGGAUUAGUUCCAUACAUAACAUAACACGGGACAAUUAUGCAUAAAAAGGCAGCACAUUGGAAGAAUAAUAGUUUGUGUGAUAAGAGUGGGUGUAGGUAACAGAAAAUUAAACAAAAUAAGAAAAACUUCGAAGUAAUAACAUUGAAACUUGAUUAAUUGAAAUAAAUGAUGGUUUUAUUUGUUCGAAAUGUGUUAAAUUGUGAACCCUGAAAAGAGAGCGAUAAAGUAACUAACGCAUAUUAUAUCAUACACAUUUUUACACAAUACACAAAUUAUACAGAUUGGGCAGAACAUUUGUGUAAAAAAGGAUGGAGAAUGAUUCUGAAUCAUAUUGAAAAUAUAUUGUCUUCAGCAGGAAACAGAACAUGUAUAUAAAAUUCAUCUGAUUAUUAAAAUUAGAAUAUGCAAAAAAAAACAA